AUGAAGAGAGAAAGAGGCGCCUUGUCCAGAGUCCUCAGCACUCCAGGUUUCACGCGUUUGGUGUGCCUUCUUCUUAUCCACACAGGUCUGCUGGAGGGCAUCAAUAUCACCAGCCCAGUCCUGCUGAUCCAUGGUGCAGUUGGCAAACCUGCCCUGCUCUCCGUUAAAUAUACUAGCACCAGCUCUGACAAACCAGUGGUCAAAUGGCAGUUGAAGCGAGACAAGGCAGUCACUGUAGUGCAGUCUAUUGGCACAGAGAUCAUCGGCAACCUGCGGCCUGGCUACAAGGACCGGAUUAAAAUCUUUGAGAAUGGUUCUCUGCUGAUCAGUCAACUGCAGUUGUCAGAUGAGGGCACCUACGAGGUGGAGAUCUCUAUCACAGAUGACACCUUCACAGGGGAGAAGACCAUUAACCUCACAGUGGACAUUCCAAUUUCAAAGCCUCAAGCUGUCGUUCCAUCAUCUACUGUGCUAGAGCUCAGUGAAUAUUUCACCAUGAACUGCUCCCAUGAGAAUGGUACAAAGCCCACAUACACCUGGCUGAAAGAUGGCAGGCCUCUCAGCAAUGACUCACGGCUGCUGCUCUCUCAUGAUCAGAAGGUGCUCACCAUCACCAGAGUCCUAAUGUCUGACGAUGACAUUUACAGCUGUGUAGUUGAAAACCCAAUUAGUAGUGGGCGCAGUGCCCCAGUAAAGCUAACAGUAUAUAGAAGGAGCUCUCUCUACAUAAUCCUCUCCACUGGGGGCAUUUUCCUCCUCGUCACCUUGGUGACUGUUUGUGCCUGUUGGAAACCCUCAAAAAAGGACAAACGGAAACUGGAUCAGCAGAGCUCUUCUGAACACGUGGAUCAGAAUGAAGAGCACUUAAAGCAUGAAGUUGAGAUUAUCCCCCGCACUGGAGAACAUGAACGCAAGAACCCAGUUGCUCUCUACAUCCUAAAGGACAAGGAUUCCCCUGAGCUGGAUGAGGAUUCCCCUCCAGAAUCACAAGGCACAGCCGAGCUGGGGCCGCCCAGCUACUCCAGCUCCCCAACACCUCCUGGCAGAUCCCCCAGACCUCCUGCACGAUCAGCUCGUAGAUACCACCGCUCCCCAGCCAGAUCACCAGCUUCCUCCAGAACACACAAAUCCCCACCACGGUCUCCAGGCUCCCCUGUGCAUUCCCGGAGUGCCACGCGCAUGGUGCGGACUGCUGGGGUUCAUAUAAUCCGGGAGCAGGAGGAGGCCAAUGCUGUUGAAAUCAGUGCCUGA